AUGGGGAUCGAGGAGCUGCUGAGCCUCGAGGAUGAGGCGGACGACGAGGAGGAGGGCGGAGGGGGAGGAGGAGGGGGCGGAGGAGGAGGAGGGGGGCCGGGAGGGGGUACAGUGGGGGGAAUGGGAGGGGAAGGGGGUGUAGAGGUGGCUGGGGAGGGGGGGAGGAGCAGUGGCUGGGGGGGAGGGCGAGAAGGCAAGCAGGGGCGGGGGAUAAGGAUGGGAGUGAGGGGGAUCGAAGGGGGAGUGGGGGCAGCAGCGAGGGUGGGCAAGGCGGUGCUGGAUGACGUGGAGGGCGAGGAGGCGUGGAGGGAGCCGUUGCCCACACAGGGGUACAUUCCCCAAGGGCCGUUUGCCAGUGAGUGCUGCGGCUCGCUCCAUCCUCUCAUCCCUCCUCUCCUCCCAUCCCUCCUCCCCUCCGUUCCCCUCAUCCCUCUCUCUCACUCGCAUGCUCCCACUCACAACUACGCAUCAGCGUGGAGGCAGAGAGUUCUAGCAGGGAACUCCGUCUUCACCCGAUUCAGUGGCUACCGCGUAGGCCCGCGCAGGCUGGUGGGCGUGGGGGUGGUGCUGCGUGCCAUGAAGGGACGUCUGGUCGCCACACACUGCAGCCACUGCCAGCACAUGCCAACCAGCACGCUCAAGGACCUUCUUGGGUCCGCCUCGCAGCACACAGAGGCCGUUAUUGAGGCCGCCUUUAGCGAGGACGUGCCCAACACAGGGGGCUUCCUGGCUGUGCGCGUUGAAGGGAACGACUUUGUGCUUUACAGGGAAGCCCCUCUCACCUUCCCCACCACGGCCCCAGGUCUCCCCUUCCCCUUCCACUCGGUGCUGUGCCUCCUCCCAUCGGCGCGCAAUGCAUCAGUGCCAGUGCAUCUGCUGCGAGAGGCGGUGGAGUACUAUCCGCUGCAGGGCGCCGCCGUGGUGGCGCUGUACGACAGCGGCGGGUGGCUCGCCGUGGAGCUGCAGGAGCGCUUCCAUGGGGACUUUGAGCGCAUGGUCGUGCGCCGCACAGACUUCAUGGGCGUGAAGCAGUUUGACCUUGAGAGGAACGGGCAGGUGUUGGCAAUGCAUGUCUCUGUGCACCACCACACCUUUACGGCCCUUCCCCCUUCCACUCCUUUCGUUGCCACCCCGUUCCAUCCCCUUUACCUGCCACCCCCACCACCCUUCAAACCCCCCCCACCCCCCUCUCCCCUCCACCAGGUGCUAGCAAUGCACGAUUGUGUGCACCGCCACGCCUUCACGGCGCGCUGGGUCAUCCCUGCGGCCAUCAACGAGUUCCUCUUCGUCGGCCUGCCGCCCGCCUCCAUUCCCUCCUUCCUUGACCCCUUCGCCUACCCCGCCACCUCUUCCUCCGAGACCUCCCUCUCAGACCCCCUCGUUGAUUCCGCCGCCACUGCCGCCGCCGCUGCGGUAACUGCAUCUGGAGGUUCGGCAGCCGCGGCCGCCGAAGCUGCGGCGUACGUUCGGGCGGUGCCGUGGGUGAGCGUGGGCAGCCAGUGGUGGUCGACGCGACUGUGCGCGCUGCCGUUCCGCGUGCUUGAGGGCGAGGCGUUCUCGAUGGAGCGCAUGGUGUUCCGCUGGCCGUGCCCCGUCUGCCACGACCGCAUCCGCUUUCCCGACCCCCACCUCUGUCCCGGGGAGGCUGGCUUCCGCCGCCUCAUCAUGGAUCCACGCAAGAUUUCAGCACUGGGACUGCACGAGGCGGAGUCAGCAUCGCGGGUGAGGGGGGUGCACGUGAGGAGCACAAAGGCCAACUUCAACCACCUGCAGGACGCUGUCAUGGACCCCACCUCGUGGUGCGAGCACACGCUGCUCAAGAACGAGGACGCUGUCAUGGACCCCACCUCGUGGUGCGAGCACACGCUGCUCAAGACCGAGGUGAGUCACCCCAUAGCACUACCGGGGCACGGCACGGCAUGCUAUGGCACGGUGCCAGAGUUCUAUGUGCGAGACGUCUAUCUGCGGGAGGCAGCCCAGUCGGUGCGGGCGGGGCGAGUCUGCGACUUCACCAGAGGCCGAGUCAGUCCCUCCUAG